UCGUGAAAUGGAGUACCAGGAUUUAUUGAAGGUGAAUUUCAGAUGGUGGAGCAAGUAUUGUGGACUAAAAAUACGAAUAUCAGGAAGAUCACAAAGGUUUUCAUCAGUUAUCCUUCGACGGUAAUCCUGUAGGACCCCUGGUGCCUCCUAAACUAGCCAGGACGUCCAUAACAACAUUUUGUUACCUCGAGAAUAAUAUGAAUCGAAGAUAAUAUCUGAGAACGCCGCUACUACCAGAAGGAAUUGUUCAAUUUCGUUCAUUUUUUCCUUAAAUGUUCUUAUCAUUAACGUAGUGGAUAUUUUGCCGUGACCAGCUAAGUUUCUACUAACGCUAUUUUACCAAUUUAACAUGAAUAAAGACGGAAGAGUUCUGAAGAGGAAAAAGUAUCGUCGUAUAAAACGUGUCAUCAAUCACCCAAAUUCUCUUUUUGACAAAUGGCUUCAAGAAUGGCAAGCAGAUGCAGAACUUAAAAACUCUAACAUGAAGUACAACUAUCAGAGGGCUAGGAAAUCACUUCGGCUGUUUCCAUUGCCACUCUACUCGGGCAAAGACUGCAAGGUCAUUGCAAAUUUUGGGGAGAAGAUCUGCGAGAAGCUCGACCGACACUUGCAACAACACACAGAGGAAAAUGGACCAAUUGACUGGGAUGAGAUUCAUAAGGUUAGCCAUGACCCACCAAAGAAGAAAGUAAGAAAGAAGACAGUUAGAGUCAGCAUUGUUCCAGAAGUGAGAGAUGAAGUACUUGAAUCUCCUUCAAAGAUAUCCAAGGAAAUUAUCAAGAAAAAGAGAAAAGUACGGGAAUAUGUGCCAGCGGCCAGAUCUGGUGCUUAUGCCUUGCUUGUUGCUCUCUUUGAAGCAUCAAAACCAAAUAAUUUUCCUGGAUAUAUGAAGAAGACAGAAUUAAUGGAAGUUGCUCAACCACUGUGUGAUGCUUCAUUCACUCAUGCUUCUGAGGGCUCUCGCUAUACUGCCUGGUCCUGCAUGAGUACUCUUAUCAAGAAGGAACUUGUCACAAGAGAAAGCAGUCCAGCUAGAUAUAGCUUAACUCCAGAAGGGGAAGCAUUAGCAGCCAAGUUAAUGGCUGCUGGAAGCAGUGAUACACUUAGCCAGGCUUCUUUAUCACACUCACCUAUGUACGACUCUGAUGAAAUUACAAUAGUGGAGUCAAGAACCUGCAGUGCUUCUAGCUUGGCUAGUAGCAUAGUGGAUUACUCUAAGGAUAUGAGAAAUGUUCAUGGUACUAACAAAAAUAAUAAGAGUCUAUCAUCUCUUGCAUGUAAUUCAAGAAUUCCAAAGGAAACCAUGAAUUCUGAUAAUUUUGAGAGGAGCACACCAUUACCAUCUACAUUAUGUACCACUGUCACAAAGAAUCUUCAGCAAGACAGGGGUGAUACUGAAUUUUAUUUUAACAAAAAUACAUCAGAUAAUUUAUCACCUGAUGAAGAAAUUACUGACUCUAUUUCAAAUUUUGGAAAAAGAAAAGCACCAUUGUGCAGCACCUAUAAGAAUGUUCAAGUUUCACCAUCAAAGAGAAGGCAACAGUUGACUCCUCCCACUCACCAGUUUAUGUUCCUUCCCAGAGAAUAUGAAAUAGUGUUAUGUAUUGAUAAUGCAGAGACAAGUGGAGGAUGCACUGGAGGAAAACGAAGUACUAAGGACAUUAUUAUCAAAGAAUUAGACAGACAUGGAAUUAAGUAUGAUGUACGUAAGCUACAUAUUGGUGACUUCUUAUGGGUGUGUCAAGAACGCCUCUCACUAAAUUUUGGUCCCAGAGGAGUUAAGGAGAAGCCUCGAGAACUAGUGUUGCCGUAUAUCAUUGAACGUAAGAGAAUGGAUGACCUCGCCUCAAGCAUCAAAGAUGGAAGGUUCCGUGAACAAAAGUUCCGUCUCAAGAAGUGUGGCCUUACCAAGCCCAUGUAUCUUGUGGAGGAAUAUGGAAGUCAGAAUCUCAGGUGAAGUGUUACUGUAUAAAGUUUCUACCAGGACAGCGAUGAAGAAAGUGAUUACAGAUGUAACUUCGAUAAUCUGGGUCAAUAGAUUUGUGAAAAGAGGCUGAGAAUAUGGGCUUAGCGUUAAUGCUGUAAAAUAGAAGUACUGUACUGUACAAGUUGUUUCCAAAUAAAAAAUAAAUUACAAGUUAAGAACUACGGUAAGCAACCCGGACCUUAAACAGAUGGAAAAUUGUAAAUACAUAACUUUGUAAAUAACAUACAGUAAGCUGUACUGUAUGAUCAGUACUGUUGUAUGAUUAAGAAGCAUAGAUACUCUUAUCAAACACUAGAAGGAAUGUAGAGGUCUUCAAAAUGUGACAUAUCAGAUAAACCUUAAUGAAUUACCUGG